GUUCGCGAGCUCGGAUGUGUGCUUAGGAGUGACACGUGCUGAAGAUUAAAUAAUAAAAAAAAUAAAACAAAUACAGAGCACAUCCAAGAGUUCAUUUUAUUUUGAUAGAUUUUUUUUAUUGUAUAUAUUUUUUAAGGCGGAGUUUUAUUUGACCAAUUUUACUUGAAGAGGGGAAAAAAUAAUCUUUGCAACGAUGGGAAGAGGGGAAGGACGAGAGCAGUAUGAGCUGGCUGCCACCUCGGAGCAGGCUGGCAAGAAGAAGGGAAAAGGGAAGAAGAAGGAGAAGGAUAUGGAUGAACUGAAGAAGGAAGUGGACAUGGACGAUCACAAGCUGAACCUGGACGAGCUCCAGCGCAAAUAUGGGACAGACCUCAGCAACGGUCUGACUGGAGCCAAAGCUGCUGAGAUUCUUGCCCGGGAUGGCCCCAACGCCCUCACCCCCCCUCCCACCACCCCAGAGUGGGUCAAGUUCUGCAAACAGAUGUUUGGCGGUUUCUCCAUGCUGUUGUGGACCGGAGCUGUCCUCUGCUUCCUGGCCUACGGGAUCCAGGCUGCCAUGGAGGAGGAGCCCGCAAAUGACAACCUGUACCUGGGGGUUGUGUUGUCUGCUGUCGUCAUCAUCACCGGUUGCUUCUCCUACUACCAAGAGGCCAAGAGCUCCAAGAUAAUGGAUUCCUUCAAGAACUUGGUCCCUCAGCAAGCCCUGGUGGUUCGCGACGGAGAGAAGAAAAGCAUCAAUGCCGAGGAAGUGGUUGUCGGUGAUCUGGUGGAGGUGAAGGGUGGAGACCGGAUCCCAGCUGACCUCAGGAUAAUCUCUGCUCAUGGCUGCAAGGUGGACAAUUCAUCCCUGACGGGCGAAUCAGAACCACAAACUCGUACUCCAGACUUCUCCAAUGAGAACCCGCUGGAGACCCGGAACAUCGCUUUCUUUUCCACCAACUGUGUUGAAGGAACGGCUCGCGGCAUAGUGAUCAGCACCGGAGACCGGACUGUCAUGGGCCGGAUCGCCACGCUGGCCUCUGGACUGGAGGUGGGACGCACACCCAUCUCCAUCGAGAUUGAACACUUCAUCCACAUCAUCACUGGGGUGGCUGUCUUCCUGGGUAUGUCUUUCUUCAUCCUCUCCCUCAUCCUUGGCUAUACCUGGCUGGAGGCUGUCAUCUUCCUCAUUGGUAUCAUUGUGGCCAACGUUCCAGAAGGUCUCCUGGCUACAGUCACUGUGUGUCUGACUCUGACUGCCAAGCGUAUGGCCAAGAAGAACUGCCUGGUGAAGAACCUGGAAGCUGUGGAGACUCUGGGCUCCACCUCCACCAUCUGCUCUGACAAGACCGGCACCCUGACCCAGAACAGGAUGACCGUGGCCCACAUGUGGUUUGACAACCAAAUCCAUGAAGCCGACACCACCGAGAACCAGAGUGGCACCUCGUUUGACCGGAGCUCGGCCACUUGGGCGUCUCUGGCCAGGAUCGCUGGACUCUGCAACCGAGCUGUCUUCCUGGCCGAGCAGAGCAACUUUCCCAUCCUCAAGCGAGAUGUGGCGGGCGACGCCUCGGAGUCUGCUCUGCUGAAGUGCAUUGAGCUCUGCUGUGGAUCGGUGGCGGAAAUGAGAGGGAAAAACCCCAAAAUAGCCGAGAUCCCGUUCAACUCCACCAACAAGUAUCAGCUCUCCAUUCAUAAGAACUCUGGAGCUGAAGCAGAGUCCAAGCACCUACUGGUGAUGAAGGGAGCCCCAGAGAGGAUUCUGGACCGCUGCGCCACCAUCAUGAUCCAGGGCAAAGAGCAGCCUCUGGACGACGAGAUGAAGGACGCUUUCCAGAACGCCUACCUGGAGCUGGGAGGUUUAGGAGAAAGGGUUCUCGGAUUUUGUCAUUUCAACCUGCCUGAUGAGCAGUUCCCGGAUGACUUUGCUUUUGACACGGACGAGGUGAACUUCCCCAUCGAGAACCUGUGCUUUGUCGGCCUCAUGUCCAUGAUCGACCCGCCCCGGGCCGCUGUGCCGGAUGCUGUGGGGAAAUGCAGGAGCGCAGGAAUCAAGGUAAUCAUGGUAACGGGUGAUCAUCCAAUCACAGCCAAGGCCAUCGCUAAAGGCGUUGGCAUCAUCUCUGAAGGCAACGAGACUGUUGAGGACAUCGCUGCACGUUUGAAUAUUCCAAUCAAUGAAGUUAAUCCUAGGGAUGCCAAGGCUUGUGUUGUGCAUGGAGGUGACCUGAAGGAUCUGACCCCUGAGCAGCUGGACGACAUCCUGAAGUACCACACGGAGAUUGUUUUUGCCAGGACCUCACCGCAGCAGAAGCUCAUCAUUGUUGAGGGCUGCCAGAGACAGGGAGCCAUCGUCGCAGUGACGGGUGAUGGCGUUAACGACUCUCCAGCUCUGAAGAAAGCCGACAUUGGCGUCGCCAUGGGAAUCGCUGGGUCUGACGUCUCCAAGCAGGCAGCUGACAUGAUCCUGCUGGAUGACAACUUUGCCUCCAUUGUUACCGGAGUGGAAGAAGGUCGUCUGAUCUUUGACAACCUGAAGAAAUCCAUCGCCUACACUCUGACCAGUAACAUCCCCGAGAUCACCCCCUUCCUCUUCUUCAUCAUCGCCAACAUCCCUCUGCCUCUGGGCACUGUCACCAUCCUCUGUAUCGACUUGGGAACAGACAUGGUUCCCGCCAUCUCCCUGGCUUAUGAAGCAGCCGAGAGUGACAUCAUGAAGAGACAGCCCCGAAACCCCAAAACAGACAAACUGGUUAACGAGAGGCUCAUCAGCAUUGCCUACGGUCAAAUCGGGAUGAUCCAGGCGCUGGCCGGGUUCUUUACCUACUUCGUGAUCCUGGCUGAGAACGGCUUCCUGCCCUCCACCCUGGUAGGGAUCCGGGUCAACUGGGACAACAAGUACAUCAACGAUCUGGAGGACAGCUAUGGACAGCAGUGGACCUACGAGCAGAGGAAGAUUGUGGAGUUCACCUGCCACACGGCUUUCUUUGUCAGCAUCGUCAUCGUCCAAUGGGCCGACCUGAUCAUCUGCAAGACCAGGAGGAACUCUGUGUUCCAGCAGGGCAUGAAGAACAAGAUUCUGAUCUUCGGCCUGUUUGAGGAGACGGCCCUUGCUGCCUUCCUCUCCUACUGCCCAGGCAUGGACGUCGCCCUCAGAAUGUACCCUCUCAAACCCAACUGGUGGUUCUGCGCCUUCCCAUACUCCCUGCUCAUCUUCAUCUAUGAUGAAAUCCGUAAACUGAUCCUCAGGCGAAGCCCGGGAGGCUGGGUGGAACGAGAGACCUACUAUUAAAGACCCACAAAUCCAGUCCGUUCGCAUCUUGUCCUCCACUCCUCCUGUCUUUGCAUGAAUAUUGUCUUGCUGCUCGGAAUAAAAUUUUUAACCUCU